GUUGAUAAGUUCCUGCACCGUCUUAGACAAUUGUGAGUUAUAAAGGUUUUGUCAUCUGUGCACAAGCACAAAGCCACAGACAAAGGAUAUAAAUGAUGGUAGAAUGUCAAUUGUUGAUAAGUCCUGCACUGUAUUACAGAGGCAGCUUCGCGAGGUUGUCUUCGCCUAGGCAACUUUGAUAUCCUAAAACCAUUCACUACAUCCAAAUAGGUAGUACAAGAGCAGUGUAACCUGUAUCAGCAUUCACCGUUCUGGAUCAUGGAUGAGAGAUGUGAUAUGGACAAGUCAGAGGAGGUACUUCUGCCUGGGUUCCGGUUCCAUCCCACAGAUGAAGAGCUGGUGGGUUUUUAUCUCAAGAGAAAGAUUCAGCAGAAACCCCUUUCCAUUGAGCUCAUCAGGCAACUGGACAUCUACAAGUAUGACCCAUGGGAUCUCCCAAAGCUUGCAAGUUCUGGCGAGAAAGAAUGGUAUUUCUACUGCCCAAGGGACCGGAAGUAUCGGAAUAGUGCUAGACCAAAUAGAGUCACAGGAGCUGGAUUCUGGAAAGCAACAGGAACAGAUAGGCCCAUUUACUCUUCUGAGGGAACCAAGUGCAUAGGCCUGAAGAAGUCCCUUGUCUUCUAUAAAGGGAGAGCGGCUAAAGGGAUCAAGACAGAUUGGAUGAUGCAUGAGUUCAGGCUUCCUUCACUAACUGAUCCAUCACUUCCUAAAAUACCAAUAGACAAAAACAUUCCAGCUAAUGAUGCAUGGGCUAUUUGUAGGAUAUUUAAAAAGCCUAGUUCGAUGGCACAAAGAGCGUUAUCUCACUCCUGGGGUCCCCAAUCAACUGCCAUGACAGAGCCAGACCUGUUAUCUGCUUUGCAGUCCAUACAAGCUUCGCAUUUUGCUUUGGAAGGCUCCUCUCGCUCAGCAGAACUUGCACUACCUGCGAAUCGGUUCAAUAGCCAACAGUCCUUUCAGGGACGACAACUGCAGAAGCUCAACAGUUCAGAAAAUGGGUCUUCAUGUAAAGUAAUAAACUUCAACCUUAGUCCAUCUUUAACUCAUCUAUCAGACAAAGACAUCCAUAGCGGUCCGAUCAUCAUGCCAUUUGAAACACAGACCCUGCAGAAGUCAUCGGAUGCCACAUCCGUGGUUCUCAGCAUAGCCCCUGGAAUAAUCAAUAGCAUACAUGAAGCCUCGCCAAACACCGAGCUUGAACAGCCUGAAGAGUGCAAUGGAUAUGCAGUUGAUUGGGUUAUGGACACAGACAAAGGAAUUGGAAAUAGCGAUGAAGAUCCAUAUACAAGAAAAGCUGAGAAUGGAUACAUUACUGGCAAUCAGUGUGGAGUUUCACGAAAAAUAAAAUUUCCAUUUGAUUUGGGGGAAGAUUCUUCAGAUGAUUGGGCAUGUAGCAUUCGCUGCGAAUCUCUCACUUGCCGAACCUCCCCCAGAGAUGUCCAAUAG